CCUGAGAAUGAGCUUUAAUCUCACAGUCUGCCCACUCAUUUAUUUGGAAAUGAGACUGUAAUGGAACUUCAUUCUUCCCCUGCAGCACGUGCACCCAGCCCUAAGUACCUCACCGAGAACAACCUUUGACAGACAAUAACAGAGACCGGAGUUUACCAUGGGCCAACGCACCUUGAUCUGAGUUAUUCAUUUACAAGCUGCAUCUGUGAUCACAGGCAGGGGCAGUGACAGAAACAUUGGCUCAGGCUGUGUCACAGCUGGAGUCACUCCACUCCUGAGACAGACACAACAAUAUCCUCUACUGAUCUAUCAAAGUUCAACGGUAAAUGCGACAGUGGUUUAACAAGACUCGACAGCAAGGUAGGCUAUGGAUUCCUGGAAGGAAGCCAUAAGCCGCAGCUGGAUUUAUCCCACGGUGAUCAUCUGUGCAAAUGGAUUUUUUGCCACAAUGAGGCCAUCAGAGUCUUUUCUCACCCCUUAUCUAACGGGGCCAGACAAAAACCUAACGAUUGAAGAGGUUACCAACCAGAUUUUGCCUGUUUGGACAUACUCCUACCUUGCCCUCCUGUUCCCAGUCUUCCUGCUCACAGACUACCUGCGCUACAAGCCCGUCCUCCUCCUCCAGGGCAUCAGCCUCAUCGUCACCUGGCUCCUGCUCCUCUUUGCACACGGAGUGCUGGCCAUGCAGGUGGUGGAAUUCUUCUACGGGAUGGUGACGGCCACUGAGGUGGCCUAUUACGCCUACAUCUACAGCGUGGUCAGCACCGACCGCUACCAGAGGGUGACCAGCUACUGCAGGAGCAGCACUCUGGUGGCAGCCACUGUUGCCGCCGUGCUGGGACAGCUGCUGGUGUCCUUGGCAGACGUGUCCUACUUCUACCUCAACGCCAUUUCUUUGGCUUCCGUGGCCCUGGCCUUCCUGUGUGCGUUUUUCCUCCCCAUGCCCCAGAAGAGCAUGUUCUUCCACAGGAAAGAUGCCUCCCAGUCUCUCCCGGGGCCUGACAAAGUUGCGGCUCCGGCCGGUUCUGACCGUCCCUCGAGCUGCCAAGAGGACACGAGCUCCGACUCCGCUGGCAGGAGCCCAACACCCCAACAGCAGGCUGGGAAUGCCAAGCCCCGGAAUCACAUGCUCAGAGUGCUGGUGCAGCUGAGCAAGGACCUGAGGGAUUGCUACGGCUCCAGGAAACUUCUCUACUGGUCCCUGUGGUGGGCUCUGGCUACGGCCGGCUUUUAUCAGGUCCUGAAUUAUAUCCAAGUGCUGUGGGACUUCCAAGCCCCCUCUCACAGCUCUGCAGUGUACAAUGGAGCUGUCGAAGCACUAGCAACUUUUUUAGGUUCAGUAACAUCCAUGGUAGUUGGAUACGUCAAAGUGAACUGGGAUCUCUCUGGAGAAUUGGCCUUGGGAAUUUUCUCUGCAAUGGAUGCUGGUUCUCUGUUUCUCAUGUACUUCACUGGGAACAUCUGGGCAUGUUAUGCUGGUUACCUUGCAUUUAAGGCUUGCUAUAUGCUCCUUAUAACAAUAGCAACGUUUCAGAUUGCUGUCAACCUGAGCAUGGAGCGUUAUGCUUUGAUGUUUGGCUUCAACAACUUUGUUGCACUGGUGAUUCAAACAAUUUUAACUGUUAUUGUAGUAGAUUCAAGAGGUCUGGGACUGGAUAUCAGCACUCAGUUUCUCAUUUAUGGCAGCUACUUUGCAGUCAUAGCUGGAAUUUUCCUCAUCAGAAGCACAUACACCAUUAUCUCCAUCAAACGCAGCAAUACCAGCACGGCUGGGGAGAGCACUGGUCAUUAACAACAGAGACAAGAAUGGUUACAAGCAACAGUGCAGAAGGCUCCAUCACCUGAACAAUAUAUAAUGUCCCAUCAAGCAAAACUGGUGCAGGCUGAAGCAGGCUGUUAACGAGCCUACAGCACAGACAGCUUUGUCAGCAGCAAUGCAUUUUGCCUGUUUUCUUCAUCAGUAGUUUAACUCAAAGCUAGUGAUCGACACCCAAACUUUGAUUAAUGCUCCGCAAGAACAAGUACAGGCAGGUGCCUGAACUUCACACCAGAAGAACUUACAGAACCUCUGAAAUUUCACUUCUACUGAGAAUUUCAAUUAAAGGCAAUUUAGACCUUUGAACAUUCCUAGGGAAUAUAAA